ACCAAAAAGAACAUACUUCCAGAAACGAAAGUGAAAGUAGAACGGUUUCUGGUAGACUUUAGGAAAGUUCCACGUGAAGCCGUGUAGCUCAUACAUUGACUGACGAGUUUACGUCACAGGUAUUACAACCAUAUAAAAGCCGAGCGCUUCACAACACGCGCAGAAGACGGUACACAUAGGACUGUUCGGACUAUUUACAAUCACUUGUAACAACAUGUUGCGAACGUACGUCGUAUGUUAUCUGCUCCUCAUCAGCUGUCUGAGCGUCCGUGGCACAGAGGACAAGGAGAAGAGUUUCUUGGAUAGCCCGUGGUGCUGGGUCCCCGCUGUUGCUGGUGGAGCAGUAGUAGGUGCGGUAUUUGCUCCAUGGGCCCUUGGGGCCGGGCUCGCAGGAAUGGGGUUCACAGGAACAGGGAUUACAGCAGGCUCCCUGGCAGCGGGUGCGAUGUCUACAGCUGCGACGACAGGAGUGGGCGCGGGGCUCGUUGCAGUAGCACAGUCUGCAGGGGCUGCUGGUGUAGCUUUAGGAACGAAGACAGCAAUGGCCGCAGGCGGGGCAAUCGCAGGCUACUUCUCCAGCGGGUGCAAGGAGCCAAAUUGUUAAAAAGGAGACGAAAAGAAGUAGAUAAGAAACUGACGAUGUCAACUGGUUGCAGGUCGCAAAUAAACAUCCAUGUGGCCCAAGAUCACAGUUUCUAAUACAUAGUAUAUUUCAAACCUUGAAUUUGAUGUUAAAUAGUAAAAACUUGUUUCCUGAUGUUUCAAAAACUUUCAUUUGAUCUACCAUGAUGUUGAACUAUACAAAACAACACAUCCAACUGUCCAAUCUGCAAGUUAAUAUUUGAUGCAAAAUAAGCUUCGAUACAUAAUCGAUGUUUUUGGGGCGAACUUCAGCAGUGUAUUCUAAAUAAAGACGUUGACAUUCA